AGCAGUUUUAAUUUUUUAGCCGACUUAUCAAGGAACCAACGGAAAGUAUCAACAAAUCAGUUUUGGCGCGAACGCUCCUGUUGCCUGUUAGCCGUUUACUGUUAUAAGGUUUCUGCUGUCUGUUUGAGAGACAACCAAACUGGACAUCCCUUCCCCCGCCGCUCCCCCUGCAACCACAAUGGAGACCACCACUUCCACCACUCCUGGCCCCCCUCCCCGUUACAAUGCGGGCGGCCCCACCAGCCUCCCCUCCAGCUCCAGCGGCGUGGUGGGCGUGGGUGCGGGCGUGGAGAACCGGCUGCGGCACCUGCUGACUAAUGUGCCGGACUCAGCGUUGUCCUCUGCUCAGUGGGUCAGCAGGAGUGGGAGGCCAACGUUGAACCUCUCCUCCUCCUCUUCCUCCUCCACCCCCAUCAUUCCACGUCACCCCCAACCCUCUCGCUACACACCUUACGCCUCCUCCACCUCCUCCCCUACACCCCUCAUGCCCCCACCCCCACCACCACCACCAUCACCACUUGCUCCUCCACCUCAUCAAGCUCGCAAUCCUUCCAGUACAUUCCACUCUUCCUCCUCUUUCUCCACCCCUCUGAUGCCCCCUCGCCACACCUCUAGUAUCUUCUCCUCCUCCUCUACCUACUCCACCCCUCACGUGCCUCCUCCUCCACCACCACGUAACUCCAGUUUCUCCUCCACUUCCUUCUCCUCCCUCCCCCAACAUCCCUCCAACGUGGAUCUACAGGGAGGGAGGGGUCAGUUCUCCUCCACAAUGAAUAGCUCUGUCUUGCCUCCUCCACCUGGCUCCUCCACCGCGUGCCUGCUCAGUGGAGGAAGGAAGAGGCCCCUCGCCCCUCCCUCGUCCUCCUCCAUCCCUUCAGCGCCUCCCGCAGGCUCUCAUGACCUCUCCGAUGACCUGACCUCGAGGGAUAACCUGAACAUGGACGAGGAGCCCUCCCAGGUAGUGAUGAGUCUGUCGUGGACGCGAGGCAAGAUGGGUGCGGCCUUUUAUGACCUCACAACUCAUCAGGUACAAGUGGUGGAGGACAAGGUGGAGGCAGCCCCGGAAUUCUGGGUGAUGCGGUCCUUGUUUCGAGAGCAGAGACCCAGGUGUGUGCUGGUCGGGGGGCGGCAGGACCAGCGCUUUUUCGAUGUGCUGAAGAAGUUGUGUGGCACGGCGCCCCCCUCCCCUGACACCCCACAGCAGGCUGGUGGUGGAGGAGCGGAGGACAGCAACUCCACUACGUCUCCUGCAGCGUCGCCGUCAGGAUCCACCUCCUUCACCUCCUCCUCCGCCUCCUGCGUGCUGAGGGUGCUCCCCAUGGCGGACUUCAAAUACGAGCUGUGUGUGCGGCGAGUGCUGUCCCUAGCGCUGCCCGGGGAGCCAGAGGGUGUCACGGAGGCUGAGCGGGAGCUGUUUGUGAGGAGCCAAGUCAACACUCAGCACAGGGCCAUGACACGGGCACUCGGGGCACUCCUCAGGUUCCUGGACGCACAUGGGUCGGAACUGGGGACACCUGACCAGCUGCUGGAGGGCACGCCUAUCCUGGGUAUACGCGUGUACACCAUGGAGGACCUGGCUCAGCUGGACGAGGCCACGGCCAUCGCCCUGCAGGUGUUCUCAGAGGAGCAGCAUCCAGCAGCCUUCAAGAGUGGCAAACGCUCGGCCAGCAAGGAGGGGCUUAGCCUGUACGCCUUGUUGAGCCGUACCUCCUGCCCCAUGGCCUGCCACGCCCUCAGGCGCGUGUUGCUGCGGCCGCUGGUGGAGGUGGCGGUGCUGGAGGGACGGUACGCGGCGGUGGGGUGGGGAGUGCACGCCGCCAACCUGGACACCCUCAAACAGCUGCAGUCGUGCCUCAGACAAGUGUCCAAUGUGACGUACACCGUGGGGCGUCUCCGGCGUGGCCAGCUCAGCGUGAGGGACUGGAAGUUCUUGUACAAGUCGCUGUUCAACGCCAUCCUCAUAGGGGAGAUCUGCCAGGCCCAGGACCAGGACAUCCCCAUCUUCAAAGAGACCGGGGAGGCGCUGACUGAGGGCCUGUACCGCGCCACCUUCCUCAUCCAGCGUAUCAUGGACAUUGACCAGUCAGAGAGGGAGGGGAGGUUUGUGGUGAAGCCCGGCGUGGACACCGAGCUGGAUGACAGAAAGCGCAGGUUCAGCGGGCUGGGUGAGGUGAUGCGUCGCGUGGCCGCCCUUGAGCUAACACACCUGCCGCAAGAGGUGGACAGCUGUUGCAUGAUUUACCUGCCUCACGUGGGCUACCUGCUGGCCUUUCCUCCUUCGCCAGAGCUCGACGCCUCCCUCUCCCCCGCCAGCUACGCCCUGCCCGGCUUGCACUUCAUGUUCAAGACCGCAGACAUGGUGUUCUACAAGAGUGACACGUGCUAUGAACUUGAUCGUGAGCUCGGGGACAUCCACGUAGAGAUUGCGAACCACGAGACGCGCAUCAUGCUGAGACUGAUGGACGCCCUGCUGCACCACGCCCACGCAUUCCUCGCCCUGGUGGACCGCGCCCUCAUGCUGGAUUGUCUCCUGGCCUUUGCUGUGGUGGCGAGGGAGUGCGGAUGGGUGCGACCAGACCUGGUGGAGGUGGAGGAGGAGGGAUCAGAGGCGGAGGCUGUGUUGGAUGUGGAGGGGGCUCGCCAUCCACUUCAGGAGCUGUGUACCCCUGCGUUUGUGGCCAACCCUGUGGUGAGUGGCGGCGCCCUGCCCUCCAUCACCCUCAUCACGGGGCCCAACGCCAGCGGCAAGACAGUUUAUCUGAAGCAGGUGGGCGUGCUGGUGGUGCUGGCGCAGGUGGGGAGCUGGGUGCCGGCGACCAGAGCCAGAUUGACCCCCGUGGACGCCAUCAUCGCGGUCACCCCCAGCACGCCUUCCGUCACCUCGGGCCUCUCCACCUUCAUGGUCGAGCUCAACAGGAUGAGCGCUGCCGUGGUCAGGGCGACAAGACGUUCCCUGGUGUUGGUGGACGAGUUCGGGGCCUCCACCUACGAGAACGACGGCGCCUCUCUCCUGACGGCGUGCCUGGACCACUGGGGUGCCAUGACCCGCAUCCGUAGGAGGCGCAGAAGGAGCAGGAGUAGCAGUGGGGAAGAAGAGGAGCAAGGAGAUGAAAGCACAAGGAUUAUAAGACAUGAUGAUGCUGACAGUGAGAUGAGUUUUGUGGAAAGUAGAAGUGGAGGGAAUAGAGGAGAAGAGGAGAGCAGUGAAAGAAGUAGAAACAGAGGUUAUGAACGGGGAAACAGUGAUGAUGAAGAGAUGAGAAGAGAUCAAGGUGAAGGAAGAGGAAGAGGAGAAGGAGGAAGAGGAAGAGGAUGUCCGCACGUUUUCGUUUCCACUCACCUCCUUCGAAUCUACGACCACUUAGAACGACCUGAAACUGUUCGUCCUCUGGUGCUAGAGGUGGUGCGGGAGGGCGGGGGACUCGUGCCGCUGUACCAGGUGGCCGAGGGUCGUGCUCGCGCCAGCCACGCCGCCGCCGUCGCCUCCCUCGCCGGGGUCCCCAACUUUGUCAUCGAGAGGGCCAAUCAGGUGUGUGAGAGCAUCAGGCGAGGUGAGCUGCCCCCCACGUGGACUCUGCUGGAGGACGGGGCCGAGAUGAGGAGAUGCCGAGCCGUGGUGUCACUCUUCCUCCUGCACCACCUUGCAGACGACCCACUCACGCUACUCCACAAGAUCCGUGAAUGCUCCAUAACCGCCGCCUCCGCUUCACCAUCCUCUUCCUCACUAGCUAACCUCCCUCUGCCUUCCCCUCAUCACUCCACGUCUCACCUCAGCACGCCACCCACAAAGUACAAAAGAGUGGGGGAUAAGGAGGGUGGUGGAGGGCAGGGCUUGCCUCAGAACAGCUCAGUCAUUCCCUCAGAUUUCCUGGAGGUUGUCAUUGCCUCCGGUGGCGUGUUGGCGGAGGCGGAACAAAGUGAUGCUUCAAGGUCUUCACGGCCUGCUACGCUGAUACACACUCAGGCUACACCCAUGCACACUCAGGCUACACCCAUUCAUACACAGGCUACACCCAUCCAUGCACAGGCUACACCCAUCCAUGCACAGGCUACACCCAUGCACACUCAUGCUACACCCAUUCAUACACAGCCUACACCCAUUCAUACACAGCCUACACCCAUCCAUGCACAGGCUACACCCUUCCAUGCACAGGCUACACCCAUGCACACACAGGCUAUACCCAUGCACACACAGGCUACACCCAUCCAUGCACAAGCUACACUCAUGCACACACAGGCUACACCCAUGCACACACAGGCUACACCUAUUCAUGCACAGGCUACACCCAUACCUGCACAGACUACACUCUCACAUACUCUGGCUACACCCAUAUCCGCACAGGGUAUACCCAUAUCCACACAGGCUACACCCAUACCCACACAUUCUACACCCAUACCCAUACAUUCUACACCCAUACCCAUACAGGCUACACCCAUACCCACACAGACUACACCCAUACCCACACAGACUACACCCAUACCCACACAGGCUACACCCAUACCCACACAAGCUAUGCCCAUACCCACACAGGCUACACCCAUACCCACACAAGCUAUGCCCAUACCCACACAGGCUACACCCAUACCCACACAGGCUACACCCAUACCCACACAGGCUAUGCCCAUACCCACACAGGCUACGCCCAUACCCACACAGGCUACACCCAUACCCACACAGACUACACCAUUACCCACACAGGCUACACCCAUACCCACACAGGCUACACCCAUACCCACACAGGCUACACCCAUACCCACACAGGCUACACCCAUACCCACACAGACUACAUCCAUACCCACACAAGCUACACCUAUACCCACACAGACUACACCCAUACCCACACAGGCUACACCCAUACCCACACAGACUACACCCAUACCCACGCAGCCUACACUCCAAAAAGCUCCCAUUACUCCCUUCCACAGCACCGCCAUCACCACUCCCUCCGCCACUCUUAGUCACCAUCUGAUCACCACCAUCACCACCAUCACCACCACUACCCCCUCCACAAAUCCCAUCGCCAGCACAACUUCCACCACUCCUCACUACCACCACCACACCACCACCACUCCGUCAUCCACCUCCCAGUAUAGUAUUGAGUCUCAGCUUACCAUUCCAUUUGCUACUCCACAUGCUACAUCUUCCUUCCAUCCAUUCCACCUCCCUCCCUCCACCCCCAACAGUGCCUCUCCACCACCUUCCUCCACCCCAGUCCCCCUCCACCGACGUCCCCUCACAUACAAACUCCACCAAAUAUCUCUCUCCCUUACUUCUCCCUCUUCCAAUACUUCCCCACUCUCUUCUCCUCCUCCUCCUCCUUCAGCUCGUAAAGUCUCUUCCUCCUCCUCCUCCUCCUCCUCCUCCUCCUCCUCCAUAUCCUCUCCCUCUUCCUCCAAAUUAUCGCGUUUCUCUGCAGUUUCCAAAGUUUCUCUCUCCACUUCUUCUGUCUCCUCUUCCUCUUUAAAUGGUUGCCCUUCCCCCUCUAAGCAGUGCGUCCCCUCUUCCACCUCCUAUUCCUCUCCUUCCUCUUCUUGUAAGCCACAACACACGUCCCCUUCCAGAGUUCUUCCUUCAUCCCCCUCGUCUUACUCCUCUUGUUCCAUUUCCAAAAUAACUACCACCACUACCACCUCUGCUGCUACUGCUAUUACUACUACUAUUACUGCUACUACUAUUACUACUACUACUACUAGUACUACUACUACUACUACUACUACUACUACUACUACUACUACUACUACUACUACUACUGCUGCUGCUGCUGCUGCUGCUGCUGCUACUACUACUACUACUGCUAAUACUAUUUCUUCUUUCUCCUCCUCCUUGUCCUCCAUCAAAACACGCCUAGUUCUUCCUUCAAGCACUCUCCAUUCUUCUCGCAACUUCUCCUCCUCCUCCUUCUCUUCCACCACCACUAGGGCAAGAAAAUUAGCCCAGUCCUCCUCCCUUCCUUCCCCAUCAUGCUCCCAGCUCCCGUCCCUUCCCAAGUACCGCAGUUUCAUUCUCGAAGGCGCCACAGCGGUGUUCGAAGCGAUCCGGAGCUCACAGAGGAGGCAGAAUGAAGCCUCGAGUCACCAUGAUAUCUUUCCCUCAGCAAAGCCUCACAACAAAACGAAGAUCAGGCAGGCUAGAAAGAAUGAAACCAAGAAUUCGCGAAACAAACAGAAACCUAAGAAAGAAACAGUGAAACAUCGUGAAACUGAACUUCCAAGAGUUCGAUACUCAAACAAACCACUGAAUCUCAAGAACGAAACAGUAGUAAAGCCUAAACAAACUUUAGAGACAACCGUUAGCGAAACAUCACCACUCAAGAAUCAACAGACUCACCAGAACGGAUCCAUGAACGGGGGAUGCGAAGCUGUCUCGAACCGGGAGAACGAAGCACCGGGGAGGAAGAGGAGGCUUUUGACCUGCCCUGAGGAGAUCGAGGAGAAGAAGGACGAGCAGAAAGUGGUGGUACUUGGCAGGGAUACGACCUUACCAACGGGGAACGAGUCAUCACCGGGAUCGUUCUCAAGCCCCGAAAGCGUAGUGGUGACAAGGCAGUACUUUCGUCGGUACCAACAGGAAUAGAAAGGAACACAAAGAAGGACCAAACAACAACACAGGAGGGUAGUGUACAGGGGAAGGAAUAAUAGGAAGAAGGAAAAGGAGUACAUAUCAAAUAGGAGAUCAAAGAAAAUGACAUUUACACAAAUGAAAAUGUGACAUGGAACAGCAUACAGAAGACACAGUGAGACUAGAGGAGGAAGAAGAAUGUAAGGAGAGUAAAAGGCACGGAUGAAGAGGAAGACAGGCAAGGAAUAAGGAAGGUAAGAAAUAAUGGAGUAACAAAAAGAGAAGAAGGAUUUUGACCAUGAAGGAAAAUAAGGAAAGGGGAAGAAGAAAAGUGAGGAGGAGGGAAAUAGAGAAUAAGGAAGGAUAUGAUAAAUAGGACGUAAUAUAUAUCAGAGGAAAGGAAAAGCAGAGAAGGAGAGCAGAUUUUCUUUUUACGUAACAAUAGGACGGAUUGCAGACAUAGGUAACGAAUUACUAGUUUAUUUUUCCUAAGUGGUUUUGCAAUUUUUUUUAAUAUUCAGACUUUGGCAUAAAAAUAGACUAUUACAAUUUAACAUUUUUCAUUUAUUUCAAUGUUUUAAUUUAGCGUACACACAGAAGUGAAAAUAUGUUGUAGGUAUUAGAUGUAAAAGCAAGGAAAGAAUGAAAUGUGGAAAUAAAGUUUAAUUUAUUA